UAGUUAUUUCAGCAGUCCACGCUUACUUACGAUGGACCCCCAGGUAACAAUCACAGUUCGCCUUCUAGCUUCACAAACGAAAACAAAACCUAAAACCCCCAAACCCCGCCCUCAGCCAAAAAGCCCAAACGAAAAAUAUCACCCAGGCCGUGUAAAUGAGCUCUCGCUGCAGGCACUGAGUGGUGAACUCUAAGUUCCUUUUAGGUUUCAGUCAUAUUUUCCAUACCUAUCCAACUGUAGCUACCGAAGGAAGGAAAAGGGUAUCUACAUAUUUAUACCUUAAAAACACUUUUUUCUUUUAAGUUUGAUCUGAUUCUAGUUUGUUCUUCGUAUCUGGGGUGUUUGUGUUUCUGGGUUCUUCAAUUCGCUUUAUGGGUAAUGGGUAAUAAUAAAUAUUUUCAAAUCCUUGCCUCGAACAUUGAUCAAUGAGCAUGAUUCAGUCUAAGAAAGAAACCUUCGAACAUUAUCUGACAAACCCACGAUUCGUCGCUGUUGAUUGUUCGUCUUUUCUGGUUUUCAAGUUCUUGAUGUGGCUAUGGUUAUUUUAUCAGAAUCGUUGGUGUAGAAUACUACUCAUUUAGAUGGGUGGUUAUGUUUCAAUUUGAGGGAACUCCUAUAGAACAUGCUCUCUCUGCGACCCAUUCGCAGGUUUUGCAAUGCCGCCACUGUUUUAGCGUCCAGUGACUGUCGUGCAGCUAUCUCUAAUCACGUCUUGAGUACCAAACGAUUAGAAGAACCUGCUCUCCUUAAGCUUAAAGCCGAGAGAGACCCUGAGAAGCUGUUUCAGUUGUUCAAGGCAAAUGCCCACAAUCGGAUUGUUAUCGAGAACCGCUUUGCAUUUGAAGAUACAGUGUCCCGCCUAGCGGGUGCUCGACGAUUUGAUUACAUCGAGCAUUUGCUCGAGCAUCAGAAGACUCUUCCGCAGGGCCGGAGGGAAGGUUUUAUUGUGAGGAUUAUAAUGUUGUAUGGUAAGGCUGGAAUGACUAAGCAUGCAGUUGAUACUUUUUAUGAUAUGCAUUUGUAUGGUUGUCGAAGAACUGUUAAAUCUUUCAAUGCUGCACUUAAAGUUUUGACACUAACCCGUGAUUUAGGAGCUAUUGAAGCAUUUCUGAAAGAGGUUCCAUCGAAGUUUGACAUUGAGUUGGAUGUUUUUUCCGUUAAUAUUGUUAUUAAGGCUUACUGCGAAAUGGGUAUUUUGAAUAAAGCAUAUUUGAUUAUGGUAGAGAUGGCAAAGGUAGGAAUAAGACCAGAUGUGGUUACAUAUACUACACUGAUGUCAGCGUUUUAUAAACAUAACAGAUGGGAGAUUGGCAAUGGUCUCUGGAAUUUGAUGGUGCUGAGAAGAUGUUCGCCCAAUCUUGCUACAUUCAAUGUUAGAAUUCAGUAUCUGGUUAAUAGGAGACGAGCUUGGGAAGCUAACAGAGUUAUAAGUAUAAUGCCAAAUGUUGGCAUCACACCUGAUGAGGUUACCUAUAAUUUGGUGAUCAAGGGGUUUUGCCAAAGUGGCUAUCUUGAAAUGGCCAAAAGGGUUUAUUCUGCUUUACAUGGCAAAGGGUAUAAACCCAAUGCCAAAAUUUACCAGACCAUGAUUCAUUAUCUCUGUAAAGGAGGGGAUUUUGAUUUAGCCUAUACAAUGUGUAAAGACUGUAUGCAAAAGAACUGGUUUCCAAAUAUUGAUACUAUUCAUACAUUGCUUGAAGGCCUUAGGAAGAAUGGGCAGCUUGGUAAAGCUAGGGCAAUUAUGGCAUUGGCUCGGAGAAGGGUACCCCCAUUUUCUUCAGAUCAAUUGGGUGCCCUGCAAAGCAUAUUGUCCAGGAGUUGAAUAAUUAUGACAGUACGGAAAAGAGAAAUUUGGUUUCUUUAUGUAAUGUGCAGCUCAAAAGAGCUGAUAUUCUUUUUCCAAUUUUAUUUGUUAAUUUGGUUAACUAUUUGGAAAUAGACUUUGAUGGGUUUAUACAUCAUACAAAAGGCAAACCCCAUUCCUUCGGUUAAUUUGUUGUACCACCACAAUAAAGUUUCUGAUUAAAUGAGAGUUCAGAAUGGAAAAUGGUUAUCCUUGUUCUUUUCUUACAUGUUGAAGAAAAGAAUGUUCAAUGGAAGCAGAACAAGUUCAUCCCUAACUGUCAUGGAAAUGCUUAAAAAUGUGAAUUGGUGGGCUUGGCUUCUCCUUCCUUUAGGUAUGGGCAGCUGCUAUUAGCAAGCAUCUUACAACAGAGAAAUUUAUAGUUCGAGGGAUCGCUGAGAAUUGAUGAUUGAUGCUGGUUUGACGACAAAAGUUGACCAAUUUCGUCUCUCUCCCUGCUUCGUAUGGGAAUUAUCUUCAGAUUAAUAUGGGUAGAAUUGGUGAUGCAUUGACUGGUUAACUUAGAAUGUUUGCUAGCAUAUGGUCCUUUGGCAAAGGGGAAAGCAGUAAAUUCACCUAAAAAAAAAAAAAAAAAAAAUGAAGGGGAAGCAGCAAGCUGGAAAGUCCCUCCGUUAUGCUUGAUGUGGUGCAAAACUGGUAAUUGAAUGUCAAACGGAAGCUGAGGUGCGAGAUCAUAGCUCUUGCCUUUAGGGUUCAUCCUUCCAUGUGCAUAUGUAUAUGCUUAAUUUGCUAAGCUAUGGACCGUUCAUUUUGAAGAUAUCAAUAUAUUUGGUGGCGGAGAUCGGGUCAUUUUUGCAUUUUCCAA